GGGACAUAAAUAAGUGACGGCACGUGUUACCGGAAUCGCGGUGGUUUGUGUACUUUGCGCUUGUCAGAGCAGAGAGUAAACAGUUUGUAAACUUAUUAAGUCAGGGAUUCGGGUAAAUGAGGCGUUUAUUUCCAAGUGAGCACUAAGUUGGAACGGACAUGUCUUUUAUUAAAGAGCACGUCGACAAACUGAGCCGGGUUUAUGAGCGUUACACGGCGUACGUCAGGAGCAACCCAGGUGCUACAGCUCAGCUAGAGAGUACAGUGCGGACUCUGUCAUAUCUGAUAGCAGGGCGAUUUGCUGACUCCCAUGAAAUAUCUGAACUAGUGUACUCUGCCUCAAACCUCCUAGUUCUGUUUAAUGACAGUAUACUGCGCAAAAGCCUGAGAUGUUCCCUCCCCGAGACACUCUCUCAGCAGAGACUCCUCACCUGGCUCUCUGUGUUGGAAUCUGUGGAGGUUUUCCUGGAGAUGGGAGCCACAAAGCUGUGGGGUGAAGUUGGGCGCUGGCUGGUGAUUGCACUCGUACAGAUUUUUAAGACAGUUUUUCGAAUUGUGCUUCUUCUGUGGUACAAAUCUGGUAUCCAGACCUCACCUCCAAUAAUUCCCCUGGACAGAGGGGCAGACCUUGGUAGUGAAGACGAAGGUGAUGGGGAGCAGGAAGACGACACCUGUUUUGUGGGUCAGAGGUCAGGACGUGUCAUUCGGCCCUUGGGCAACGGUCCAGCCCUGCAGGCCCGGCCGUGGGCAGCACCGAGUCAGAAGAAGAAGCAGGGGCACAACAGUUUGAAGGAGAUGCUCCAUAACAAACCAACGCAGCUCAGCCUCCAGGCGACGCUCGCCGAGUCGGUGUACAUCGGACGGCCUCUCCUACACCUGCUCUGUCUUGCCUUCUGUGGGAAACAGUCGUGGAAGCCGUGGCUCAUCUCUGGAGCCCUGGAGCUUUCAAGCUUUGCCGUUCUCAAUGACGCAAAAUUUCAGAACCGAUGGGAGAAAGCGGAGAUGAGAAGGAGGAGGUUCCUCCUGUUGUACUACCUGCUACGCUCACCUUUCUACGACAAAUUCUCUGAAGAAAAGAUUCUCUUCCUGCUGAGAAUCCUGGCCAAUCACAUUCCAGGGGUUGGACUGGUUGCAAGCCCUCUGAUAGACUACCUUCCCACCUGGCAGAAGAUCUACUUCUACACGUGGGGAUAAAACCUUGUGGUGGAUUAGAAAACUGAUUUUGUCGGUGAAAAAGAAACCAUACAGCUGCCACGACACCACAGCAAUCAGAUAACACGCUGCAAAACAGCGCCUACCUGAGAUCAACAGCAGACAUUGCUGUGAUCUUGAGUUUUUUUUUUGUUUUUUUUCCUGACGCUACAAAAGACUGGUUUGUUGAAUGAUUCUAUUUUUCAAAUGAAAGAGACAGCAGGUAAUGAAUCUUAGCAUCUCAUAAAAACUUUAACUCCUCGUUUUACAACAGGCAUCAUACAUGUAUUUUAUUUGAGUGAUGGAGACUUGUUCUGCACCUGAAAAUUCCAAUUUGAACUGAUUUAAAGGUCCAAUUUGUAACACUUGGAAGGGUGUCAUAGCAGACAUUUAAUGUACCACCUGUAAGUGUUUUUCUAACUGCUUUAAAACAUGAAUUGUUGUGGUAACUUUAAGCGUGUCCCUCACAAACGUGGAAAAGGGAGAGGCGAACGAAGGAGUCGUCUAUUCGUUACUGCAGACUCGAUAUUACUCAUUCUUACACGCUGUUCCUUCAAAGCUGUGUGUGUGUGUGUGUAUGUAGUCAAUGACCAAAACACAGCAGUGGUUUAUGAAUCUUUAUUUUUAACAUACUGAAUAGGUUUCUUUUUGUUGCUUACAAAUAAAUAACUGAACAUUUCA